GUCCUCUGGCUCUGUUGUCUUAAACCCUAAACCCGUAACACAAACAGAGCUCCCAUUGACUAAAACCCAUAUCCAAAAAUCGUCUAUAAUUCUCAUGCAAUCCACCUUAUACAUCCCUUCAGACUCUUACUGCUUUUCAUGUCCCCGGCAGGCACCUUUCAAACUCCGACGCCCACAAUUCCUCACCAAGACCCUAGGUUCCUCAAAUUCUCUGAAAACUUCCUGCGAGCAUGAAUUUGAAGGCGUGGACGGACCUAUCAGCACGGCACGCCUCCCGGUCGUGAUUCGGCGGUGGGGUCGAGUUUCUCAGUACUUAUGGAACGGAAGUGAAAGUCGCCUACAGUUAGUUCGUGUAGACGGAGGGGCUUCAUCAUUGUGUUUGAAUUUUGAUGAUGGGUUGAAUAAUUUGUUUGCAUUGUGUAGCUCUGCUGUUAGGGACUUUUUUAUUCCUCAGAAAGUGAGUGGGAAUUAUAUGGAUUAUGUGAAGUGGAAGUUUCUGCAUCGGGUUUUCAGUUCCGCGCUCCAGGUUCUUGCUACUCAGGCAAUGUUUCGGGCAAUCGGAAUUGGAUACUCUAGAUCCCUCCCGUCAGCUGCUGCCCUGAACUGGGUCUUGAAGGAUGGGCUUGGACGGUUAUGUAGGUGCAUCUACACAGCAAGUCUUGCAUCUGCUUUUGAUACCAAUUUGAAGAGAGUUAGGUUCUCAACAUCUGUCCUGUUCAGUUUGAGCAUUGGAGUUGAGUUGUUGACUCCUGCAUUUCCUAAUUAUUUCUUGCUCCUUGCAACAAUUGCUAACAUAGCAAAACAAGUAACCGUCGCAUGCUACCUAGCAACUGGUUCUGCUGUUCAUCGAAGUUUUGCGAUUGCAGAUAAUCUUGGUGAAGUUUCUGCAAAGGCACAGAUUCAAAUGGUGUGCUUUGAUAACCUUGGUCUCAUGCUUGCUGCAGUUUUGAAUAUACUGUGCAAGAAUAACCAAAGAUUGUUAGCAGGUUUACCUUUUGUUGUAUACCCAAUUUUUUCAGCAAUUGACCUUUUUGGGAUUUAUCAAGGACUCAAACAUGUCCACUUGCAAACAUUAACUAAGGAUAGGCUAGAGAUUAUCUUAAAUAUGUGGAUUCAGUUGGGAUAUGUCCCUUCACCUGCAGAAGUGAGUAAAGAGGAGGGCAUCAGUUUUCCUUGGAGUAAAGGAAGAGAACUGUGGCCUAUCAGAAUUGGUUGCUUGGAUCCCAAGGGUCGAUUACCAAAGUUAUCAAUGUUGAUGAUGCAGUCAUUAAGUAGUGAGGAUUUCUACUUCAUAUGCAUGGAAGCCUGUAGGAGAUUGACAAGGCCUGAGCAGCAAGGUAUUCUCCUUUGUUUACGGGAAGGAGCAAGCACUACAGAUGUCAUCAGUGGUUUGUUGCAGGCAUGCUAUGUCCGCAAAAAGCUCCUGUUAAACAGGACCAGGUGGAAGAACAUUGUAGAAGAUUGUGACACCUCAGACACAUUUGUUCGAGAGUGGUUUAAAGUGGUUGAAGAUAGCAAGCAAUCUGCCCAAAGAGAUUUGAAUCUGCUUAAUGAAGAGAUGCUACGUUUAGGGUGGACUGUUAAAAACAUUUUACUGAGCGCAGAGGAGCAAGUCAAAUAUAGAUUUGUAGAUGACUGAAGAUGUUCAUAGGCUUUUAAAGUUUGGGAAACGAGAGACGUUUCCAGUUGAUAUGCGGUUGCCAGUUACCUUGCAAUUGCCCAUUUUUCCAAGUAAAAUACAUUUUGGUGAGCCCCUUUACAAAUUUGAUUAUGUUGCUCAACCUCACUUUUCCAUUUUAAAUUUGGAAAGAGUUAUCAUAAUCCUUGCACAGAUCUCUCACAAUUUUGGUUAUCUGUUCAUUGCAGUCCAUUUCUAAAUGAAUAACGCCUGUUUUUCAAUUACCUUGUGGAGAUGCAGUAGAGGGAUCUUUAGUUCUAUGGGAACUUGGAUCACCAAAUUCCAAAGCAAAAACUGCACCUGAAAAUUCAUUCUCCCUGUUUGGAAAUAAAUUUGAUGGAUCUUCUUUUAAACUCUGUGCUAAUUGCAUGUGUUAAAUAUGAUACUAACUAUAUGUCAAUUGAAUUCCUUCUAAACGGACACGUCGGUCUGUCGUAUAAUUGUGUCCUUGAUCCAGCAUAAGGAAUCAAUAGGGCAUGGCCACUGGGGCUCACUGAGCCCACUUUGAUAUAUAGAGACAUCCUACAACUGA